AUGACCCGAACCAUUUUUCUCGCGACCUCAAAUGUUGGGCCUCUUAUCGCUUCUGACGGCAUUGUGCGAAACGAUAGCCGAUCAUAUACGCUCGAAUCGACCUCUGAUUUUACGUUUGAGAUAAACCAAAAAAACUUCGCCCCACACAGCCAGAACCCGGCCCCCCCUCGGGCAUCAAUUCGCCCCUCAUCUGAUAACGUGUGCGCCCGAAUGGUGCGUCAUUGA